UGUUAAUGGGAAUCAAAGCCACAUCACACUUCCGCCUCCCUGGAACUUACGUAACGAAAGCGAAGCACGGUUUGCGUGACGAAACGACGCACUGCGCUGUCGUUGAUUGGCUGAAGGCACAAGAGUUGAAGGUUGAAACUACUGUUGAAGCUGUUAAGAGUUUCGGACAUGUGAGAAACAUGAGCGGUACAGUUCAUCAGAUAAGACUAAGUGAUGAUCCUGAUACUCCGUACUUCCUUCGAGUGGACUGGGCCAUAGACCUGGGUGCUGGUUUCACAUUAGCUCUUACUAAUGGCAGCUCAGCAUGGAUUGGAGAAGUUUCAGAGGAUGAUAUGACAAGGGAAGCCAAUGACAUAGGAGUCCCAAGAGAGAGAUAUGUUGAGGAUCUUCUUCAAGCACUAACAAAAAGUGGAGGAGGAAAAAGCGAAGACAAGGAGAUGUAUACUUUUGGCCUCUCUGCUGAUCGCCGUUGUCUCUUGUAUGAGAAGACUUGUAAUGACAUUUCGGUGCACUUGGGCUCUGUGGAGCUCCAGCCAUCUCCAGACCCUCUAGAGCUGACCCGUGACAUGAUUGCACAGUCCCUAAAGCGCAGCACAGAUCUGGAGACAGAAAACUCACGAUUGUUGGAGCAAAACUGUAAAUUGAAGCAGGAUCACCAGCGAAUACUCGGACAGCUCGAGCAGCAGGUUCAGAAAAAGGAAGCGUUAGAGAAGGAACUGUACUCACGUUUUGUCAUGGUGCUGAAUAAGAAGAAGGCCAAGAUCAGAGGUCUGCAGGAGGCUGUCAAUAAGCUUCGAAACUCGGACGACCAUCCGAGCGACGAGGAGGGUGUACAAAGUGACAAUCUCACAACUCAAGGUGAAAGCAGUCCGGACAGAGGAGAGGAGACCAGUCAGAGCAUCCAGCCCUCUCUGGAGCCAACUAUCCUCAUUACAGGCCGUAAUCUGGUCUGGGAAGGGAUCCCCGUUGACCGGACUUUUUCUGAUGAUGAUGAUGAUGAGGAUGAGCAACCAAAACGGAAGCGUAGGUUGCUUCACACCUCGAGCCCAGGAUCCUCUGAACAACUUUAAAUUGCAGCCUCCUUUUCAAGAAAUAGAUGGUGUCUGGGACUAUUCACGAACAUUUUAAUGAACGGGUUUUCUCUGCUUGCUAUCUUGCUAUGUGGCAAGCUAGUUCAAGCCUCACAGCGAUACACACGACCAAAACAGUGACAGCCGGGCAGCAGUGUCCUGAAAGUGUCUCCAGAUUAUGAUGCCAGAGUUUCUCCUAGAUUGUGAAAGUGAAUUCAGAAAGCCAGAGCACGCCACAGCAUCUGGAUUGCUUUAACUGUGACAAUUACCUACCACAUCUCCUAAGAGACCAGUUGCUUUACAGUAAAGGGGUGAAAAGCAGUUACUGAUACAAUCAUUUCCCAAAUUCUCUCCAUUCUGUGUUGCUGUAAAGAUUUUUCCCAGAUGUGUCAGUGGCCAUGCGAUAACAGCCACUUAACACUGUCUGGGACUAUGUCAGGAACUAAAAGUGCUUCUGCUAAUAAGCUGAAGAACUCGGUAGAGAAUCUGGAGCACGACUAUGGAAGCAAUUUACAAAGAGUCUCACUUUUCCCUGAGCUUGAAUUUGACUCCAGCAGUAGUCAGACCUCAGCUCAGUGUGAGAGUGAAGAAAAAGGGGGUCAAUAUGCUACACCCAUAAAAAAGGGUGUCACCACCAGGGAACUAUAACUGCUUUCUUAAUGCUUAUUCAUCAUGUCCUGCUGAUGUUUUCCUCCCUCUUUCUAUUAUGAAAACAAACUCUAAACCGUGUCUUUCAUUUUAACUUUCAAAACUAGCAUUUUGCAAAAGAUAAUUUGGCCCUCACUCUUUUUUUCCCUCUUUUUAACGCACCCUUUUAUUGUGUAGAUAUUAUGUGGCCCAAACUACCUGGUUAAUGAGGUUAUGUUGUCUUUAAGCUUCUUCACUUGCUCACAUUUUCCUUAACAUCUGCUAUCAGCUUUAGGUUCUUAGGUCAUCGCCGUGUGUUUUCACUGAGACAGUAAUGAAGCUUUGGAUUAUUUGACCCUUUACCUCUGAAUUCUGGACCUUCUUAUUGGUGCUUUUGAUGAUACCUUUAUGUCUGUUGAAAACCACGGGUGGCCACCGGGAUUAUCCCGCUAUAUGUUCUUGGUGGUUUUAGUAAUCCCCACUGGAAUGUCACACUGUCUGUUUACAUCUCAUCAAUAAAGUAUUCUGAAAGCAAAACAAAGAAGAGUAUCAAAGGUUAAUUUACAGAUGAAUGCAUGACAACAUGCUAUGGACAAUGAGCUUACACUGAAAAGGAGACAGUGCUGAAUAUUUAAGGGAUUUCCUUUAUUAUAAUGCUUAGUUGUUUGAUUUUAAAUACUGUAAGGCAAGAUCUUGUUCUGUUUUUGAAAUAAAAGCUGAUAAAUGGGCACAUUUAUUGUCUAAAUAUGUGGGGGGUUUUAUUUGAUUAUAAGUGUAAUUUAAACACAUAAAGGAGAUUUAUUUUUCAAAUGGAAAAAAUGUAUGUAAAAUAUCUCUGAAGAAAAUGUAUGUUAAAAUCAUUAAUAA